AUCCAAGAACAUAAGGUAUCUGCAAUCAGCAUCAGCUGACAGCAUACUGAUAGACAAAGGUUGAUACGGAUGCAUUAGAGUCUUCAAAAUGGCCUUUUCGCAAAUUAGGAGACUACCUUUGUCGUGCUCACAGACAGCGUUCUGGGCCAAUCAGCGAGUGUUGUCCACUGGUCGUCCUUGCUCGGCUCUCAAAUCCAUCACAGCCAAUGAGCAUGCCAUCCAAAAAGAAGAGUUCUUUGCCAAAAAUGAGCGCCUCCAACGACCCACCUCGCCUCAUUUGACCAUAUACAAGUUCCAGAUGACGUCCAUGCUAUCCAUUACACAUCGUGCCACGGGUUUGGUGCAAAGUGGUCUUCUGGGCGGGUUCGCCGUCGGUACCAUGAUCCUACCCGGCACCUUUCCGCAAUUCUUGGACACCCUUACCCAAGCUCAUUUUGGACCAGCUUUGAUUUUUGCGGCCAAAUUCGCCUUGGCUUGGCCCUUUGCCUACCAUCUUUUGAAUGGUGUCCGACAUUUGUCUUGGGACAUGGGAUACGGUUUCCAAAUGCCCGAUCUCUAUAAGACUGGAUACGCGGUUCUGGCCCUUUCUGUGGUGGUGGGGGGAGCCUUGGCUGCAAUGUAGUCCUACAAAUGAACCACAAAUUUGAACAUUGUAUAUCCAUAAGAACAAUUGGAACACCCAAGAUAAAAGAAUAAAUCAACAGUUUUUUU